AUGUUGAUAUCGAACACAAUUUGGUCUACAGUUCUGUUUGCCGCAACUGUGAACUCAGCUCGUAUAUUAGGAGUGUUUCUAUUACCAUCUAUAAGCCAUCAGUUCGUUUUCAGAGCGUUAACAUUGGAACUUGCGAGAAGAGGACACGAACUGGUUGUGAUAACCACGGACCCAGUCUUCCACAAAACAAGACCACCAUAUAAUAUCACCGAAAUUGAUGUCAGUUUUAUUUAUGAAAAUUUUAGAAAAAUUCAGAAUGUGCUUUAUCAAGCAGAAACAAUCAUUGCAGUCGACAUAUAUAAAAUGUUUUUAGAACUAUAUAUUGAGGAAAUGAAGCAUCCAGACGUAGAAAAACUGAUUCAAGACAAAAGUCAAAAAUUUGAUUUGAUUAUAAUAGAAGGUGUUCUAAAUUAUCACCUUAUAUUUACCGAGAUAUUUAAUGCUCCAGUAAUUCUCAUGACAUCAUUUAAUGGUCUCACUGAAAACUUUGAAAUUGUGGGUGCCGUAGCCCAUCAUCCCAUUUUCUACCCAUUAAUAAUGAGAAAAAAAUUUAGUAAUUUGACUCUCAUCGAAAAAAUAUCCGAGAUAAAAGAGGAAUACGAAUAUAUGAAGGUGAUGUAUCUAGUUGAAGAAUACGAAAAUCAACUGCUUAAACUCAAAUAUGGUCCUUAUACCCCAACAGUUUCAGAAUUAAAAAAUAACGUUGAUUUUCUUUUCAUAAACUCAAACCAAAUGUUUUGCAACAAUCGACCAGUGCCCUCAAACGUAGCUUUUGUAGGACCACUACACCUGCAACCGUUAAAAGAAUUGCCACAGGAAUUAAAGUCGUUCUUGGACAAUUCAAAAACUGGUGUGAUUUACGUCAGUCUGGGAACUAACGUAAGACCAUCUCUUGUUAACCAAGAAUUGAUAAAUUCGUUUUUGGAUGCUUUUGAAGAACUCCCUUAUAACAUAUUAUGGAAAUUUGAUAAGAAAGUCUUAAAAAGAAUCCCAAAAAAUGUGAAAAUUCAAGAAUGGUUCCCUCAAAGAGACUUAUUAGCACACCAUAAUAUUAAACUGUUUGUAAUGCAAGGAGGUUUGCAAUCUACUGAUGAAGCUAUUGAUGCUGGAGUACCAUUAGUCACUAUUCCAAUCCUCGCAGACCAAUUUUUCAAUGCACACAAACACGUACAAUUUGGUAUUGGGUUAAGUCUUGAUGUCACCACGCUAAAUGCUAAAAUACUGAUUGAUGGAAUAAAAAAGGUCAUAAAUGACGAAAGUUAUAGAGACAACAUCAGGAAACUUAAAGAAAUCAUAAACGACCAGCCUCAGACUCCGAUGGAACGAGCAGUGUGGUGGACGGAGUACGUUAUACGACAUAAAGGUGCUCGUCACUUACGCUCUCCGGCUGCUAACAUCUCCUGGGCUGAAUACCUCAUGGCUGAUGUCCUUAUAGCAUUAGCUGCAAUCAUUUUCGCCUCAACUUUAGCAAUCGUUUUAGUCAUAAGAUUUGUUUUAAAAACACUUUUGACGAUUGCGAUACCUUAUCCCAAAACAAAACUAAAUUGA